AUGGAGAAAUCACGUGGAAAGAAAGAACAGAGAAGGAGCUUUGUCCCCACUACCUCUGAUUUCUUCGACCCAAAUUAUGACCCCGACAGUGCAGGGCUCGAGGAUGACUCACCUUACCCAGAAGUUCGUGCGGCAGUUGCAAACUUCGACGACACCGAGAUGCCUGUAUCGACGUUGCGCUCAUGGACACUCGGAAUCGCAUCUGCUGUCCUAUUCCCUGGACUAAAUCAAUUUCUAUCUUUACGAUUUCCCUCUAUAUUCAUCACGGGGUUUGUGGCUCUAGUUCUAGUAUAUCCUAUCGGUCGGUUAUGGGCCUACAUUGUGCCGAAUCGUAGAAUCUUUGGCAUAGCCCUGAACGCCGGGCCAUUCACUAUCAAAGAACAUGUAUUAGUCACGGUAAUGGCGGGUGUGAGCGGCCAGUCUGCAUACGCUACGGAUAUCAUUGCAGUCCAACGAGUGUAUUACAAUGAAGAAUUCAACUUCAUUUGUCAGCUGGUCAUGUCUUCACAAAUGAUCGGUUUCUCUAUCGGUGGUAUCGCAAGACGGUUCCUGGUUUUGCCCCCCUCGAUGAUAUGGCCAAAUACACUUGUGGAAUGUGCGCUGUUCAAUACUCUCCACUCCCAAAAUUAUGAAGGACCUUGGGGAGAGGGAGGUGUCAGUCGAGAGAGGUUCUUUACCUGGGCAUUUGGCGGUGCCGUUGUUUGGUACAUAAUUCCAGGGUACCUCUUCCAAGCCUUGAGUGUCUUCACAUGGGCAUGCUGGAUUGCUCCUCAGAAUACGGUAGUGAAUCAGUUGUUCGGGUAUAGAAGUGGAUUGGGGCUCUCAAUGCUCUCAUUCGACUGGAAUCAAAUUGCAUACACAGGGAGCCCUAUGUCCUCUCGUACUGCUUUCGACAACACCGGCAAGGAAUACAACCUCACCAAGAUUUUAAAUCUGGAUGGAACGCUGAACGUGACAGCUUACGAGCAGUACAGCCCGCUUUUCCUCUCUUCGUAUGGGACCGCAUUCGCGUCUAUCACUGCUCUUGUUACUCAUUCCGUCAUACAUUUUUGGCACCCUAUCAAGCGAAACAUCCAUCGUACAUUAAGAGACCAGCCAGACAUCCAUGCUCAACUCAUGGCCAGGUAUCCGCAGGUCCCGGAGUGGUGGUACGCUUGUAUAUUUGCGGUGACGUUCGUGUUCGCAUGUCUGGCAAUCAAGCUGUGGCCGACGAAGAUGACGAUCUGGGCGCUCGUCGUGGCUCUUCUGCUUGCAUUUUUCUUCCUGAUCCCCGUCGGGAUGAUUCAAGCUAUCACGAACCGUUCUGUUGGGAUAAAUGUUCUCAGCGAACUUAUCGUUGGACUCAUGAUGCCAGGAAAGCCCAUAGCCAUGAUGAUCUCUAACAACCUCGACCUACUGAAGACAUGGGCCUAUAUCACAAUUUUCCAAGCUAUCAUGUUCACUGCCGACUUCAAGCUGGGUCAUUACAUGAAGAUUCCUCAACGAACCAUGUUUUGGGCUCAAAUUGUUGCUACGAUCGUCGCUGCCUGUUCUCAAUGUAUGAAUGAUAGGUUUAUCUGCGCAGGAGUACAGGUCUUCGGCACAUCUUCUGUGAUAUGGGGAGUAAUUGGGUCGGCACGGCAGUUCGCAAAGGGCCAGAUAUACUAUGAACUCGUAUUCUUCUUUAUCUAUGGCGCCAUUGGACCUGUUGUUCUGUGGGCUGUUAGCAAACGGUGGCCACACUCAUGGCUGAACUACGUCAACCUCAUGUUUGCAGGACUAGGUCUGUUCCCCCCAGCGAACGCCAGCAACAUUGUUCCAUGGGCUAUCCUCGGCUUCAUCUUUCAAUACCUCAUUCGCCGACGGUACUUCCACUUCUGGGCCAAGUACAACUAUGUUCUCUCCGCGGCUCUGGAUGCGGGAACAGCCAUAGGGACUAUUUUGGUAUACUUUUGUUUGCAGUUUCCACUCGAUAACCGGAUUGGAGAGAACACUAUCCAGAAAUGGUGGGGAAACACCGUGUUCACGAAAACUGCUGACUGGAACAACGUGGCACUGAAGGCCCCGCCCCCAGGACAUACAUUUGGGUGA